AUGACGGAAGGAGGGGACGAUCAACUAGUAUCAAUUAGAAAACAACUCGAAAAUUUGAACGACGCGACUGACGAUAUCAAUAGUUAUGAGAUGAAAUUGGAGACUGUCAAGAAGCAAUUUUGCGAAACACAACUAAUGUUCAACAAGGAAAUAUCUGGAAUCCCGAAGAAAUUGGCGAAACAAAUCUCCAAAUCCCGCCCUUACUUCGAUCUGAAAUCUCGAGAACCGGAAAUUCGAAAGUGUGUUCAACAAGCGGCUGCACUAUUCGAACGACAGAAAACAUCGGUCGAAAUGGCGAGAGAACAAGUACAAAUACUUCAUAGUUCACUGAAUAACAAUCAGGAAUUGGACGCAGAAAAGCAGUAUGUCGAAGUUAUCGAGCAGCAGUUGGAUUUAGUGAAAGAGGCUGAGGAGGAAUGUCUGAAAGCCGAGAAGAUGCACGCGGCACGAGUCAGAGAUCUUCUUCAGGUUGAGAUGGCGUUGAGCAAGUUACUACAGGAGCAUGGCUCUUCCAUCAAAAAAGCGCGCCCAUACUACGAGCGAAAGGAGGUGCUGACGAGAACGAUGAACUCUCAACUUGAGCUGAUAUCAAUUUUGGAGCAUGAGGUGCAAGAGCGAAAAGACAGCUACAGCGAUUCGAUGCGAGUAUUGGAGCAGAUCAGCGAGCAAAUCCACCAGGAGCGCGCAUCACAAAGCAGUCUGGCUCAAUCAAGUGACGCUGAAUCGGAUAGUUCUUGA